CUUCGCUGUCAACUACUUUCAAAUGGCUGAAGCUUCACUCAACAGUACUUUUGGCGCGUACCUCAUUGGUGUCAUCGCAUCUUCAUGCUUAUUUGGCGUCACCUGCACUCAAACCUGGUAUUAUUUCACUCGUUAUUCUGAUGGUUUCGUCCUCAAGGCAUUGGUUGGCGCGAUCUGGGUUUUGGAAGUUUUGCAUGUGGCUUUCGCUAGCCAUGCUAUUUACUAUUUUGUCAUACUACAUUAUGGGGAUCCAGCAGCUCUGGCCGAAACGGUUUGGUCGGCAUCUCUCAAUAUCGGCAUAACGGGCAUUACUGCUUUGCUUGUCUACCUAUUUUAUGCCCGACGGAUAUAUUAUUUAUCAAAUCACAAUGUGCCACUAGUGGCAGCCGUCGUCAUCCUUUCUAUCACUCGCUCGGGAACCAGCAUAAGCGUUACCAUCUAUAGUUUAUAUCUGAAGUACUUCGUUCUGUUUGAACGUCACAGUAUGACGAGCCUCGUCAGAGCUUCCUUGACUGUCCAUGUGGUGACGGAUCUCCUGGUCGCCAUAUCACUUUGCUAUUAUCUACACAAUAGUCGCACGGGAAUUAGACGCACUGACACCAUAAUUAAUAGACUCAUGGUCUAUGCGGUUCAUAAUGGUCUUAUAACAUCGAUUGCGGAUAUCUUCGUCAUUGCCUUCAACACCGCUUACCCUAGCAAUCUUGUAUAUCUGUCUGUCUAUCAGAUCGUUGCGAACUUAUAUUCAAAUUCCUUCCUCGCUACGUUGAACGCCCGUCGACCUACUGGAUCAGUCGAUAAUAAUCUUUCAACCGACGUCAACACGCUGAGUCUCUCCACCUUUGGUGCCCAUGGUCAGCCUUUUGCCGCUGCUGCGAGGACCAACACAAACAAGCGGCAUGUUGAUAUCAAUAUUACAUCCACUGUGGACACCACAAGAGACACGGACAGGAACACACCUACUGAUCCUGGUCCCAAAGUCGUAAGCAUCUGAAGAAAGAAGAAAUGGAAGUGUACUAUGUGUUUGUUUUCAUCCGCUACUGCCUCUGUCUUAUUUUUGCUUGUUUAAAUAUAUAUUAUUGCUGCCACCUGCGUUUACGAUAGGAAGGGGCAC